AUGGACGUAACCAGUGCUAAAAAGACGGUGACGUUCACUGAAGAUGCUGUCGUUCACGAAUUAAAAGAUACUGAUGUUAGUGACGAGAAGAAUGGAAUAUGGGGCAAUGGUAGCGGUUAUGGCGAGAACGAUAAUGACAGUGAGGAUGCUGCAGACUAUCAAGAUUAUGAUGACUGGGUUGACGAUUACGGCGAUGAGACUUCAGGUCAGAACAUUUCUGUGUGCUUUGAACUUGGAAUCUGA